UGCCUAGGUGUGAACCAAGGGUUAGGGCCAGGAAGGGACAGCUGCAGCAUUGGACUGUUGCUGCAGCCACAUAGAGUAUGUGAGUACAGGGGCGGACUGACAACUCAUAGGGCCCCCUGGGCAAUAGGGGAUCAUGGGGCCCCUGUGUCCUUGCCCAAACUCAAAAAAGCCUAUGAAAAAGGUACCAGGGGUAUCUCAUGGGGCCCCCUACUGACCCUGGGCCCUCGGGCAGUGCCCGAGUUUCCAAAUGGUCAGUCCACCCCUGCAAGCAGUACAUUUGUUUUCAAACAAACCCUCACUGACCUCUGUAACUGCAGGCACUGUGGGCAGUUCAUCCUUCUUACUGAAGAGUGUACAGUGUUCAAGAGUCAAGAGACAAGUUGCUUCAUGGGAGCUAUCUUGCUGGAUCAGAGACAGGUGAGUUUAAAGUGGUAUUAAAACCAAAAACCUUGUUUGCAACACUUAGAAGAUU